UGUGUGCUAGUUUUGUAAUGAUAGAAUAUAUAUAAUAAAAUUAGAAUAAGUAAUCUAUGUACAAACUAGUCAUUAUUUAUGCAGUUAGCUAAAUAGCAAACACAUGCCUCGCCAAAAGUUAUAUCUCGAACCUAACCUAUCAUCAGAAACUAAAUAAGGAUUACUUUUUGCAGUGUAGGCAAAAGCAAACACCAUGGUUUCUGUUCCUUGUUCUUUGCUACUUUCUAUUGCUCUUCUCUCCGCUAUAUCUCCCUUGUCCUCUUCUUUCAUUAGCAUUCCAUUAUCACAUUCCUACACAAACCAAAACCCCUCUCAAGAUCACUUGCAAAAGCUAAACUACCUAGUCUCCACCUCCCUAGCGCGAGCCCACCAUCUGAAAAAUCCCCAAACAACUCCGGUCUUUUCACAUAGCUAUGGAGGCUACUCCAUUUCUCUCAGCUUUGGCACUCCACCUCAAACUCUCUCUUUUGUCAUGGACACUGGCAGCAGCUUUGUCUGGUUUCCAUGCACCCUCCGCUACCUCUGCAACAACUGUUCCUUUACUUCAAGAAUCUCACCUUUUCUUCCAAAACAUUCUUCCUCGAGCAAGAUUAUUGGCUGCAAGAAUCCCAAAUGCUCUUGGAUUCAUCAAACUGAUCUACGGUGUACAGACUGUGAUAACAAUUCAAGAAACUGCUCCCAGAUCUGCCCACCUUAUCUUAUCCUCUACGGUUCAGGGACCACUGGAGGCGUUGCACUCUCAGAGACUCUCCAUCUCCAUGGCCUAAUAGUGCCAAACUUUCUUGUUGGAUGUUCUGUUUUCUCUUCCCGCCAACCUGCAGGAAUAGCCGGUUUUGGCCGUGGCCCUUCUUCUUUACCUUCCCAACUCGGCCUCACUAAGUUCUCUUACUGCUUACUUUCUCAUAAAUUCGAUGAUACUCAAGAAAGCAGCUCUCUGGUUCUUGAUUCUCAGUCUGAUUCCGACAAGAAAACUGCUGCAUUAAUGUAUACACCUUUGGUUAAGAACCCCAAAGUUCAAGACAAGCCGGCAUUUUCAGUUUAUUACUACGUAAGUCUCCGUCGAAUCAGCAUCGGUGGCCGCAGCGUGAAGAUCCCCUACAAGUAUCUCUCACCGGAUAAAGAUGGCAAUGGUGGGACAAUCAUUGACUCGGGGACUACCUUCACUUACAUGUCAACUGAGGCCUUUGAGAUACUAAGCAACGAGUUCAUUUCUCAAGUGAAGAAUUAUGAGAGAGCUCUGAUGGUCGAGGCAUUGAGUGGGUUGAAACCUUGCUUUAAUGUUUCUGGGGCUAAAGAAUUGGAGCUACCACAAUUGAGGCUUCAUUUCAAGGGUGGGGCUGAUGUGGAAUUGCCUUUGGAGAAUUAUUUUGCUUUUCUUGGUAGCAGGGAGGUGGCUUGCUUCACUGUGGUGACAGAUGGGGCGGAGAAGGCAAGUGGACCAGGGAUGAUACUGGGGAAUUUUCAGAUGCAGAAUUUCUAUGUGGAGUAUGAUUUGCAGAAUGAGAGGUUAGGCUUCAAGAAAGAGUCUUGCAAGUGAUUGGAUUUGGAAUGCUCAAUAAAAAUUGGUAAAAGAGCAUGGCAGAUGUGAGAAGCAAAAUGGGGAGACACGAGCUCCGAGUUCAAACUUCAAAAAAGGGAACAUGAAAUUAACAAAUAGAAGUAUUAUCGAUAUCUGAUGAAGGGAGCUUUGUCUUGUUCUCUCGAGGACCAUCUUGUUUCAGAAUUCUUAAAUUAAUGGUUUUCUCUGGCAAUUCCAGGCGCUGGCCUAGAGUCGCUGCUCAUCAUCGAGCUCAGUUUCCCUCUUCCAUCUACUUCAAUCCAAGAAUCAGCAUUGAAUUGCAAACUCUGUCGGCAAGCAUUGUUUGUUUGCUUUUGAUACGGCAUGCCAUUUCUGGAUCGCCAGAAACUGUUGUUUGCUGACACUGAUUUUCCAUGUGGGCUAAUGCUCUGGCUGCCUUCUGAUAAUUUCAGGCCAUCCUCCAUGCCUUUAGCUAACUCAACAAACAUUGUCCUGUUGAAGUUUUGAUGACCCCUACCUGAACCACCAACAACAGAUGAUGAGGCAAAAGGUUCAACUCUCUGUAUCUUCUCUAUAUGUUCUCUUAAAUCAACAGUUGUAAUUCCUCUUCCUCUUCCCCUUCCUCUACAAGCACCCCAUCCAGUGUUUGCAGGCCCAGCACCUUUAUGUAUCUGCUCAGAAGAUGAGCUCAACUCAGAUUUCCUGCAGUAGUUACUGAGUUGGUAAUAAUUUAAACUACCAACCCCUCUCUCUCUUCCUCUUCCUCUUCCUCUACCACCCUUGUGUGUAGGCUCAAAAUACCAGUUUGAAGCAGAUUCCCCACUGUA